AUGCGCCCGGCUGCCUGGAAUGAGUCGGGGACCUCGGACUUCGUGCUGCUGGGGCUGGGGGCCCCGCCCUCCCUGCGGCCCUUGCUGUGGGCGGCGCUCCUGGUGGCCUAUCUGGCCACGGUGCUGGGCAAUGGCGCCCUGGUGGGGCUGAUCGCCUUGGACCGGCGGCUGCACCGGCCCAUGUACCGCCUGCUCGCCCACCUGGCGCUGCUGGACACGGCGUACGUGAGCACCACGCUCCCGCAGGCUCUGGUGCACAUGAGGGCCCGCCGAGCCACCCUCUCCCCGGCGCGCUGCGGGGCGCAGCUCUACGUGGGCAUCUCCCUGGGCAGCUGCGAGGCCCUGCUGCUGGCCGCCAUGGCGCUGGACCGCUGCCUGGCCGUGCGCCAGCCCCUGCGCUACGCGGCGCUCGUGACGCCCCCGCGCUGCGCCGCGCUGGCCGCCGCCGCCUGGGCGCUGGGCUUCGCGCUGUCGGCGCCCAACGCCGCGGCCGCGCUGCGCCUGCGCUUCUGCCCCGGGCGGCCGGCCGUCGACCACUUCUUCUGCGAGCUGCCCGCUGUGCUGAGGACGGCGUGUGCGGACACCUCCGCCAACCAGCUGCUGGUCUACGGCCUGGGCACGCCCAUCCUCUUGGUGCCUUUGACCUUCAUCCUCGCCUCCUACGCCUUGAUUCUGGCGGCCGUGGGCAAGCUGCCGUCCGCCGAGAGCCGCCUCAAGGCGCUGUCCACCUGUGGCUCCCACCUGGCCGUGGUGGGGCUCUUCUACGGCACGGUGACCGCCAUGUACCUGCGCCCGCGGGGCUCCAGCGCCCUCCCCGCCAGGCGCCACAAGCUGGUGGCUGUCUUCUAUCUGGUCGUCACGCCUGUCCUGAACCCACUCAUCUACAGCCUUCGAAACCGCGAGGUCCACGCGGCAGCCCGCUACGCCCUCGCCCGGCUGCGGGGGUCGCGCUCGGAGCUGCGCUGA